AUGAGUACUCUAGGAAAUACUCAAGGAAAUGCAGUCGUUGAUUUUGAAGCUGCAAACAAAGUUUUGCAGAUGUUUGAAUCUGAGUAUACCGAGCAACUUGGCGAUAGGAAAGCAAGUUCAAUCAUUAGAUUUUGCAAAGAAAGAUCAGAUGGAUUUUAUUAUUAAGAAAUUGAAGCUCUUUGCAAAAUGGUAGAGUAUGCCAUUGCAGAUUUAAAAAAAGGAGUUGUUGAAAUGACUGCAGCCAUUUAAAAGUUAUGCGAAACAUCAACUCAUUAUAAUAAAUUCAAAUUGUAAUUAAUUAAUAGACCUUUGCUUUAUAACACUCACGCUGAAGAGAAAAUAAUACUGAACGAAGAAGUUACUGAAAGUUUGAGAUACAGUGCUAUUAUUUUCUUAAGGAACUUUUCAGAUGAAGGAAUAGAUACCAUACUCUAAGCUGAAAAAAAUUUUGAAAAGGCCAAGAUGCAAGGAUAUGAGCCAAGUCCACUCUAAAAGCUUCUGAAUGAAGGCUCUAAAAAUUUGAGAGCUAUCAAUAAAUCAGAUGUUAUUGAAGAUAUUAUAUUCACUAUGCAAUAUUACUAGAAAAAUUACGAAUAUCUUUUACCUUUAUUAGAUUUAAUUUCUAAUUGUAUUAUGUUUAAAGAUUUAGCUUAAAAGUUUUGUAAUUUCGGAAUAUUAAAAGAUAUAAUAUAUGUCAUUUUUGACUGUGAUGAUUUCCGUUCUUACAUUGUAAAAAGCUGCUUCGAAAUUAUAUGGAAUGCAAUUGAGGCUGUUGGAAUCAGCUCUAUUUAGUUGUUUGCAGCUGAGGAUAUAAUUACAUAGUUGAAACGUGUUUUCGAAGAUUUGAUGCGUAACGGCUAUAAAUUAGAAGAUAAGUGUCUUCGUAAUGAGCUUUUAAUCUUAAUUAACUACUUACUUAGUGAUGAAAAGGCUCUUUAAUAUUUUGAUGAGCGUAGCACUAUGCCUAACGUAAGCUCUCCAACUACAUUUAUAGAUACUCUUUUAGUUUAUGCAACUGUUGACGAAAUAGAGUUUUACAAUGAUAAGAUCCUUACCAAUAAUCAUCGUGCCUUCUAUUCAACAACAAGUGAAGAUUUAGAAUUCAAAAAGCUCAUAUGGAGUGGAUUGUUAACAGCUAUUUAAUCAGGAAAUUAAUCAAUAUUGGAAACCAUUAAAGAUAGUGCUUUUAUUUACUCAUUAUUACUUUACAUUGAUCCUUUAAACGACAGUUAUGCAGUUAAUCGCUGGUCGAAUCCUUAGCUAAAAGAAAUUCAACUUCAUUGCUUAACUAUAUUAUCAAGUGUUAUCAUUUAUAUGAAAGAAGAUUUUGCUGAAAAAAACGGAUUAUUCUACUUGACAAAAUUCUUAACAAAUCAAGAUGAUCCUGAAAAAAGAGAAAAAUGCUUAAGAGUAUUCAACAAUGCUUCCUUAUUUGAUGAGCCUUAUAAGCUUAAAAUAACAGAUGAAGGAGUUAUGGAUAAUUUGAUUGAAUUCUUACAAAAUGAAAAUGAUAACCCUUUGGAUAUAAAAGAACUUUGUUUUUCUAUUAUUUCUAAUUUAUGCAUAAAUUGCAACAAAAAUAAAAAACUAUUCAGAUAAAAGGGAGGUGUUGAUAUGAUUGUCAAUGCCUUGAAAGAUCCCAAUCUGGGUAUUUCAGCUCGUUAUGCUUUAUAUGCAGUUUCCAUUCUUGACUGUUUAUGGAACUCAAUUUUAGGAAACAGAAAAAGUGAAAGUGUUUUCUUAGAUAAUGAAGGCUUAUUUGUACUUCUUGAGUUCUUAGAAGUAUGUGAUGACAUGCAUAAAAAAAUGGCCCUCAGUUGUCUUUCUUAUUUAAUUGAAAAUCCAAAAGCAACUCCCUACUUUUGUGAUUGGAACUCAGGGAAAACUAUGAUAAAUGCAACUUAAUUGCUUAUAAAAAUAUACAAUAAAGAAGACAAUAGAUUUUAAGUUAAAUAUGAUGAUGGUAUUAUUGUGAACAAAAACAGACCUUUAAAUCCAAUGACAGCUCCUAAAAAAAAACAAGAUGAAUUUUAACUAUUAAUGGAAGAGAAAAAAGUAGUAAAUGAGUUCGAAAAUGGAACUCAAGGAAAUAAUUAAACUAGUAAGAGAGGGUAAAGUGCAAAAGGGUUUGCAAGACUUAAAGAAGCCCUUCUUGCAGCUGACAGUGAGUCAGAAGCUGGUACUGAAGCUUAUUUAGUAAGAAAAAUAAAAGAAAAAGUUGAAUAAUAUGACUUAAGAGCAAUUAUAUUUGCUAUUUUAUAUAGAACAGGAUUUGAUAAAAAUGAGCUUCUUCCUGAUGAGAAGUAAAAAAUAGAAGUAAUUUAAAUGUACCCUCACUUUAAAAUGGGAGAGAUAUGGUCAGAUAUCUAAUUCGAAUUGGAAGAAGAAGUAAAAUUUACGUUUUGCAAAUCUUUAACUUCAGAUUAUACAUACGAAAAUAAUACUUAGGGAAUAAAACCUACUUCUGAUGAUAUGCACUGGAUGAGAACUGCUAUCGAAGAGUUUGAAGAAUAAGUAUUAAAUUGUAUAAAUACACAGAGCUUGAUCUCAAGAGAGCAUAAAAAAUCAUAAGAAGAAGAAUUAAAUAAAUUUUACGAUAUAAUAAGGAGUAAUAAAGUACACAAAUGA